GUCACCUGUCACGUACUGUCAAAUUUCCUGUCAAUGUCAACAAGUUGAAUUAAAAAAUACUAAUAUUUUUUUGUUAAAUUAUAGGUACUUUUAAAAUACCACAAAUUAAAUGUAUAUAGAGGAAUUUUGAAUGGUUCAAGACAGUAUUUGGUAAUGAGUUUGAUGCGGUGCAGCUUUUCAUAAUGUCCAAAAACAAAUUAAAUCUUACACUACCCCCUGGUUCAAUUGACCAAACCCCCAAUUUAACGCCCACUUCUGGCUAUCAGGAAUCAUGCGCCCCCCCACCAAAUGUAGUAAAGAAUGACAUCGAUCAUUUAACUGCCCGUUUAGAAGAACUAGAUAUGGACGAUACACAAAGAAGAAGAAUAGAAGUAUUUUUAUGUCAGAAAGAAAAAAUUGGCGGUGAUUUAUCAGAUGACGAUUUUGAAAAACUUGGUGAAUUAGGUUCUGGAAAUGGCGGUGUUGUUACCAAAGUGCGACAUAAAUCCAGUGGGCUUAUAAUGGCAAGAAAACUAAUACAUUUAGAAGUGAAGCCUGCCAUAAAGAAGCAAAUAAUUCGAGAACUGAAAGUUCUGCACGAAUGUAAUUUUGCACACAUUGUUGGUUUUUAUGGGGCUUUCUACAGCGAUGGUGAAAUCAGUAUUUGUAUGGAAUAUAUGGACGCCGGUUCUCUAGACUUGAUACUGAAGAAAGCAGGCAGAAUACCUGAAAAUAUUUUAGGGAAAAUUACGUCUGCUGUACUUAAGGGGUUGAGCUACUUAAGAGACAAACAUGCCAUAAUGCAUAGGGAUGUUAAACCAAGUAAUAUUCUUGUUAAUAGCAGUGGCGAAAUAAAAAUCUGUGAUUUUGGUGUAUCAGGUCAACUAAUUGACUCGAUGGCCAAUUCAUUCGUUGGAACAAGGAGUUAUAUGUCUCCUGAAAGAUUGCAGGGGACACAUUAUUCUGUUCAAAGUGAUAUUUGGUCUUUGGGGCUUUCAUUAGUAGAAAUGGCUAUUGGAAUGUAUCCAAUUCCACCACCUGAUGCAAAAACUCUUGCUGCGAUAUUUGGUUCUAGUAAAGAUAGUGAUUCUCCUGAUGGGUCCAGAACACCAAGACCUAUGGCCAUUUUUGAACUUCUUGAUUAUAUAGUUAAUGAGCCACCACCAAAAUUACCUUCAGGAAUAUUUUCAGAUGAUUUUAAGGAUUUUGUUGACAGAUGUUUGAGAAAAAAUCCAGAUGAAAGAGCAGAUUUAAAAACCUUAAUUAAUCAUAAAUGGAUAAAAAACUGGGAGACUGAAGAUGUGAAUGUAGCAGAAUGGAUAUGUGAAACUAUGGAAAUUAAACCACCAAACAGAACUUAAUUUUGAGCUUUUAUCGUUAGCUAGUUGUUACAAGAAAAUAUAUUUUUUCCAAUAAAAAUGUAGGUUUUUGUAGACUUACUAAAUAGACUUUUUUAUAUUUUGUGCUGUGAAUAUUAUGCACAUUAUAAUCAAGUACAAAGUUUUUUUUUUAGUUCAUAAUUAAAACUAACGAACGAAAAUAGUGAAUCAAACAACAAUUUAAUAAUAAUAUUAUAUUGUAUUCAAAUCCAGUGAUAAUGAUUUAACACCGUAAUAGUCUUUUAUAUUCUUAGAUAUAGUGUAAAUCUGUAUUAAAUAAAUUUAGUUUAUUAUUAUAUGCUAGAGGUAUUCCACUUAGCAGAAGAUUACUUUGAAUUACAUUCUCUAUUUUUCCAUUUUGAACUUAACACAUUAUCAAAGUAAACUUUUGCUAUAUAAAAAUGCUUUUGCUGAGAAUUAUUGUGAUUUUUUAUUUAUAUUUUUUUAGAAAAUUUUUAAUCAAUAAUUAUUGUGGGGCUUAUUGUAAUUAAAGCCGUUAUGUAUUAUUUUUAGAAUAACGAAUUUUAAGAAUUAAUUUUAACUUAUAUAUUUGAUUUAUUUCUAAUUCGAUAUAGGUAUUCAACAUUUUGUUUUGAACCUCUUUUUAUAUGUACAUUAUUUAAAAUUGCUUUUGCAAUUUAAACCAUAUCAUA